AUGCAAAUCGCCACUGUCUCUACAAUCACCGCGGCCAUGGUCGCCAUCGGCCUCACGCGUGGUGCCCAUAUCCAAAACCACAUGGACGUACAGGUCUUCGAGGAUGCCAACGACCACGCGCUUGGUCAGCCCAUCUUCACGCCAUACCUGGACGAGAACCUCGGGCCUAGAGAGGAAUAUCACCGGGUGGGAAAGAGAGGAUACUACACUUGCUACAAUAGACAGACCAACUCCAUCUCGGCUGACGACUGCCAGAAGGUGAUCGAUAGGAUUAACGGGCUGAAUCAGGUCCUCACUGUUCCCAACGGACUAUGCAUGGUCUGGUUCCAGGGAACCUGCAUGUCCCGACUGUGCGCCAAGAACGGAGCGUCCAAGGGCCUCAACACAACUUCCGAUACAAUUGUUGGCCAGCUGUCUGGCACGCUCCUCAAUGACUGUGUCAAAGUCGGCCAGGACGGGGUUGCCGGGGACUGUGCCAACAUGAACGGCAACUGCGGCACCUACCGCCUCACCUUCGAACACCAUGGCAAUGAGGUUUUGGGCGGCGGACCGAACUGA